GGACUCGACGCUUCUCUCUCUCCCUCUGUGAUCAGUGGGUGAGAGGGGGGAGACGAGCAACACACAGCGGAGAAUCCGGCGUGCGCCUCCGUCAUAUUCAUCUUGUUGGCUCAUCCUUUCAUCUCACCACCGGUCCUGGAUCCCACAACCUCGGUCCUGGAGACGCCUGAGUCUGCAGCAGCGCACGAUCUGCUUUAUUUCCAGCCUUUAUCUGAAUGACGGGCGGAAGGUUUGACUUCGACGACGGCGGCACUUACUGCGGGGGGUGGGAGGAUGGCAAAGCCCACGGACACGGCAUCUGCACCGGACCCAAGGGCCAGGGCGAGUACGCCGGGUCCUGGUCGCACGGCUUUGAGAUAGUUGGGGUGUACACCUGGCCCAGUGGGAAUACCUACAAGGGCUACUGGUCCCAAGGGAAGCGGCAUGGGCUCGGUGUGGAGAAUAAAGGCAAGUGGAUCUACCGCGGGGAGUGGAGUCACGGUUUUAAGGGUCGGUACGGUGUCCGGCAGAGCCAUAACACACCUGCUAGAUACGAUGGGACCUGGAGCAACGGGCUGCAGGAUGGAUAUGGGAUCGAAACCUAUGGAGAUGGCGGUACCUAUCAGGGCCAGUGGAUGGGUGGGAUGCGACAUGGCUAUGGCGUGCGUCAAAGUGUUCCCUACGGUAUGGCCACUGUUAUCCGCUCUCCUCUGCGUACUUCUCUGGCCUCCCUGCGUUCUGAGCAGAGCAAUGGCACUGUUCUCCAGGAUCUCUCCUCCCCUGCAGACACGCCGACAGGCAGCCGUGGCGGCUUCGUCCUUAACUUCCACUCAGACAGCGAGGUCGUCACUGGCAAGAAGAAGGGCCUGUUCCGCCGAGGGUCACUAUUCGGCAGUCUCAGGCAGUUGCGUAAGUCUGACUCUCGGACCUCAAUCUCCAGCAAACGCAGUUCUGCACGCAGUGACGCCGCCAUGAGCCGCAUCAGCUCCAGUGACGCCAACUCUACCAUAUCCAUCGGCGAUGGCGAGCUGCCAGAUGAGGACCUACCUCUGGAGGACCAUGUGGACGCAACUACAACCGAGACCUACAUGGGCGAGUGGAAGAACGACAAGCGUAAUGGAUUUGGUGUUUCAGAGAGAUCAAACGGGAUGAAGUAUGAGGGAGAAUGGCUUAACAACAAGCGCCAUGGGUAUGGAUGCACGGUUUUCCCAGAUGGCACCAAAGAAGAAGGGAAGUACAAAAAUAACGUGCUGGUUCGUGGAAUAAGGAAGCAGUUGAUUCCUCUUAAGAACCCCAAAACCAAAGAGAAGGUGGAUCGGGCUGUGGAGGGGGCACAGAGGGCUGCAGCCAUCGCCAGGAGUAAAGUGGAAAUAGCAGCUUCCAGAACGGCCCAUGCCAGGACAAAAAGCGAGGCAGCAGAGCAAGCCGCCAUCUCUGCUGUCCACGACUCUGAAAUUGCCAGGGCGGUUGCAAGGGAACUCUCUCCAAACUUUUACCAGCCAGGACCUGACUACGUCAAACAACAGUCAAAGGAGCCUGUGGAGAUUAAAGAGGUCCCUGUUGAAAAGAAGGACAAGUCCCCAAAAGAUUCCCCCCAUUUUUACCGAAAAGGUACAACCCCUCCUCACUCCCCUGCAACCAGUCCUGUAGCCACGCCUCCCCCCUCUCCUCACUCGAGCAAGAAGAAAGGUCAGCUUGCCAACAGCACCAGCCGCAAAACCAGCAAAGAAGAGAAACCUUCCCGCAAGAUAAGCAGAGAAGAAAAGUCCAGUCAUAAACCCAGCAAAGAUGAGCGGUCUAGUAGAAAGCUGAGUAAAGAGGAGAGGCCAGCUGUAACCGACGGCCCUAAAGCUUCUAACGUGCAUCUCGAGGCCCCACCCAAACCUGCGAAGACUCAGCAGUCCACCGCAGCGUCUGCUCCUCCUCUGCAGCCUCCUGCUGUUCCAGUCAAUGGCGAGCUUCACACCGAGUACCAUAGUUACUAUGUCAAGGCCCCUACAAGAGGUCCCCCACCACCGGACCCUGAGGAGGAUAUAGAGGAAGAGCCGAGUGCCCUGGCACUGGCACGCAUGCCCCCACAGCCCCCUAGGUCUUUUAGUACCCCCACUCCUAAGCCAGCCUCUAUACGUGACAGCAAGAGUGAACCGAAACUCAGGAAGCAGGAUUCCCUAAAGCCAAAGAGCCUCGCAGACACAAAGAAAGCCAGUAUGGAGAUUGCAGAAAGCACGGAAGAAACAGGUCCUAACUCCAUCCUGGUUGCCAUGGUAAUGCUGUUGAAUAUUGGCCUUGCAAUUAUAUUUGUCCAUUUUCUGACAUGAUGAUGCUGUUUCUCAGUGAAAUAAUGGCAACCAGUGCAGUUGCAUCACCGGCCUUGAAAAUGAAAAUGGCGCCAGUGAGACACGGGGGUGGCCGGAAGUGUUGAGGAAUAAACGUGACACACCGAUGGAAGAGAAUCUGGGAGGGAGGCAACACCACCACCAACCUGUCAUGAGCCUUUUUUAGAGGCCAGCCCCGUGAAUUAGCACUCCUUUGGCUUCUCUAAGAGCUGAGGUGAAAAUGUCGUGUCUAGUGAGAUUUUGAAAAAUAAAUAAAUAAAAAUGCAACCAAACAAACACAGGCUGAAAAAAGAAGUAAUUGAAACCCACACGUGUGCUGAUCCAAGCAGCGGUCUAUGUAGCCCACUCCCACUGCCUCGGCAGGGAGAGGGCGGGCUGACGGACUUUGUUGGAAGAGUGUGGAGAUGCACUUUUAGAUGACGGGAGCAAACAGCUGCCUUUCUAUUUUGCCAUCUGAUGUUUUGAUGGGGAGGCGUGAGCCCCGAGCAGGAAAGGCCGUGAGGGGGGCACAGUCGCAGCAGGAGCGUCCGUGCAUGCUUGCGUUUUCUGGGGGUUCACACACCGCUCUCUGCAACAGGGAACUGGGCACGGCCGUCGCCGGUAGUCAGUGCUAGCACGGUCACUUUCCAGUCUUACUCUGUUUACCCGAUCAUCACUGCAGCUUUGUCGAGCUCCGUCCAUUGUAACCGAGGACACACUGCUUUGACACACUCCCCCGUGCAUGGUACAGUUUUGAACAUUUGUUUUUGUUUGUUUUCUGUUUUAUUGUAGCUUUUUUUGUUCAUUGUUGUUCUUUGAAUGUUGGUUACCUGCUUGUAGUUCAGAAGAGUAAAUAUUUUCACCCUUUUAUUUAAAAUUUUUACUCAUUUGGAGUUGUAAUUUGACAUUACAUACCACUGAGAGUGCAAUAUUUCAUUUUUUUCAAAGCAAAGCUUAGAGUAUAUUUUGCCAAAAAAGGGGUUUUGUGCUCUCGUAAUUGGAGUGACUGGCAUUCAGAGGUGCCAGCACUGUGUGUAGGAAGCAGGAUCACACUUUUAAAGCUACCUAGCUCUGUGAGAGUGAAGGAACACAUGUCUUAUGCUAUUUAUGAAAUCCAGAAGGAGAAUUAUUUCAUUGUACUUGCCAAGACCAUUUUGCUUGUACUUUUCAUUUUAUUCUUUGCUUUCAUUUUUCACUCAAAUGCAAAAAGGCGCAGUCCAUGCAGCUGCUUCUGUUGGCCCGGCAGUGCUUGCGUGCUUGUGGGAGAGUCUUGUGGACGGCUGAAGGUGAAUUUAUUCAGGUUAAGGCCAUGGGGAAUGUGGCAGCAGGGAGAAGGAGAGAUGCCUUUUUUAAAAAGUCUUUAACAGUACUACUGUUUACCUCAGAAAACAAAUGAGGAACGGAGGGAGGGGGAGAGGAAGAGAUGCCAUCCUUGUCUUAACUUUGUUGUGUGGCGGGGGGAUAUUUUGACUGUCAUCACCUGAAUCAUGCUUUUAUCUGGCUUCAUUGUAGCUGUUUGUAGUCUUUGUUGCAGGUAUGGCAUGAGUUUAUUUGAUUUAUUAGAAAGUGAUUAUUUAUAUGAUUGACAUUUAGUCAUCAUUACCAAGAUUCAUUAUUUAUUCAUUGUACAACUGAUGUGUUUGUGAACAUUGAUAAUCACAAAAAGGGCUUUAAUACGGCUAGGUUUCUUUUUGUAGUUUAAUGUGACUUUAUUGUCUGUUUCACAGUGGGCAGCACUGAAUUUCAGUUUGCAAACUUUCAUGAUAAAACUGGAAACUAUAUAUUCACUAUCUAAAAUAGACAAUAAAAGCAGACCAAGAAACGAACGAUCAAAACAAUAGUAAAAGUAUAAAUGUGAUGCAUUCAAUAACUUCACCCUUUCUGUGCAGCACCCUCUUUUUCUUGUUUGAACUGUCUUCACGCAAGCAUGGUGAAGACCCCAGUUCCUGGAGGGUUGAACAGAACAGAACAGCCUGUUUAUGGGAAUAUUUUUGAGAUGCAACAUUGCAUGUUGGAGUCAUUUAUAUAUAGAUUAUUAUAUACUAUUUGUAAGGAUUUUUACAGAGCACAAUCCAGAAUCUGGUAUGAGUUGGUAUUUUUCUAACAAUUUGCACACCUGUAUUUUGACAAUGAAUAUAACUUUGUUUGUAAUUGGUAAUGUAAUGCACAUAUGAUAAUGUUUGACAGUGGAAAAGCAGAUACUUUAUUUCUAAUUUGUUGUACUGUAUGUACCAUUUUGGGGAUGUGGAAGGCAGAUGUUCUUGUUUGAGUAUUUAAGGAUCUAAAGAGGAACUGCGGGAGACUUUUGAUAUCUCAAGGUUCAUGUUACCCCACUGAUUUGUGCAAAGUCUUUGGAGAUGAAGUUCUGUGUAUAACAAUAAAGAUGUUAUGCCUUGAUAAA